AUGUGCAUAAAGUUAGAUAAAUAUCAUAUGAUGGUCUGUGUGAAAUACUUUAAUUCCAUCGACGAUUAUAUCUCCUUUGCUCAAGUUAACAAAAAGUGCAAAGAAAUGCUUUCAAUGUUUUUUUAUAAUCCACUUCCCAUCAAAAACACAAAAAUAUUCGACAAUAUGACAUAUCAAAUUUUAUAUAAUUCAAACGACACAACCGUUCCCCGCUUGGAGAAGUUUAUUAAUUUUGAAGUUGAUUAUGAACAAUAUUUGAAUGAUAAGAAAUUCAAUUUGAAAUUUAAGAAAGUGUGUUUAGGAUCUUCCAGUUUUACGAAACGUCUCAAUGAAUUACUUCAAAAAGAUCCAAAAUAUAAUAUACCAAAAGAAGUCAAUUUACUUAGGAAAUCGUGUUUUGAAAACCAAAUAAAUUUGACUGAAGUCGUAUUGACAAACUCAAUUAAAAUAAUACUACAAUAUUGUUUUGAUAAUUGCCAAAAAUUGAAAAAUAUCUCCCUCCCACUUUCUGUUAAGAAAAUAUGUUAUGGUGCAUUUUUUAAUUGUGUUAGUUUGACUACUUUUCUUAUCCCAAAUACAGUCGUAAUCUCUGAUGCCAUAUUCAAUGAAAACAAUUCAAUUUCUACUCUAAUAUUAUACCCAGACACUAAUAUCACAGAU